GUUGGGGGUGUAUAUUUGGAGAUAUGGGGUGUGAAAGCCAAUGACAGGAGGAGGAUACCCCAAUGGGCUGUGGGGUGGCACUGGAGAAGACCAGAGCAGUGUACAGUGCCCAUAGCUGAAGCCACGAUGCCAACCUCUGCCCACAGUGGAGGCUGCCAACACAGUGCUUGGUGAUGGUGCCCACUAGCACAGGGAUAGUUCCCCACAACUCCAUGGUGGCACAAAGAGCCCAGCCUGGGGCCCCAAACCAGCUGCCCUCAUGGAGGCCCUUGUCCUGCAGUACCCACAGCCAGCCAUGUGCCCAGGGCUGGGCACAGACACCCAUGGUUGUGCAGGGCAGACCCCUGUGCAUGCUCUGGACACCCCAGUCACCCCAGUACAGCUGCACUGGACUAAGGCCUUGUGGGGCCAUGGGAGACCCAAUGCUGCCACCUGUCCUUUGAUCCCUAACGUGGAGGACUGAGGGAUCUCUGGGGCCAUUUGUACUGUGCUGGUAUACACUGGCAUGACUGGGACAGUCAGAGCUGUGCUGAGUUAUGCUGAAAUAGUGCCAGAGCUGUAGGGAAAGUAACACCAGGCUCUGCUGGGCUUGCAGUACAGCAUGGGGGCACAACCACAACACUGCAGUGGGACAGUGUUAGCCUGUACUGGGGCUGCACCCAAGGUGACACUGGGCUAGACUGGAGUAGUGGUAGAGCAGUAGAAGGAUGGCACUGGGGUACAGUGGGCUGGGACAGAGCCUGGCAUGCUAAGCUGGGUGUCCUUCCCUGCAUGCACCCACAGCCACACAGGCAACCGUGACAGCAGGGUGGCAUCACCUGUGGUGGCCUUGUAGUGUGCUGGUGGCCCACAGCCAGGCAUGCUGGUGGCAGUGGACAGAGGAUGUGUCCUGGCACAGGGCUUCCCCUCCGGAUGAACAGCCCUGCUGCCACAGGGCAGUGCCAGGAGCUGACGAGCAUGGAGGGAGCUCCGUGCCCAGGGAUACAAUGAGCGGGCAGCCCAUUUUGUCACCUCCCUGCCUCAAACUGGUUCAUGUCGGGCAAUGAACCCUCCCAGACUGGCACAGGAUGUAUCCCAGCCCCCAGCCCAGCCAUCAUCACCACCCUUGGGGGUGUUGACGUCAAACCAGAGGGUGGCACCUGGGCAGUGAGAACUAGCCCAUUCCCGAUCCCGCAGCACCAGCCCAGCAGUGCCAAAGCUCUGGCUUUCCCUGCAUCCAGUUCUUGCCACAAAGGUGCCAUCCUGUGCCCUGGGGAGGAGAGUGAGGGUAGCCCUGCCUCAGUUGCCCCUGAGCCCGUGGUGGCAGCGAGACAGAGGUCCCGGCAGCCAGCCUGCCAUGCCGGAGCGCCUUGCACAAGGAUUGCCGGCGCCAAGCUCUACCCGUGUGCCUCUCUGGAGAGGACUGAGCCUCUGCUGCCCAGUGAGUUCAGCAACGAAGAGUGGAGCCCACCUCUCCUUCUGGGGGCUGACAGUCCCGGGACGCUGAGCAGCACCACGAUGUAUGGGCGUUACACUCAGGACUUGGGCACCUUUGCCAAGGAUGAGGCAGCCCGGCUGCGGCUGCAGGAGGGGGACACGCCCCGGCCCCGCCGCCCCUCCGAGCUGCUGGAGUACAGCCAGGGCCGCUGUGCCCCCUGUCGUGUGUGCGCCUUGCAGUGCCAGCGGUUCCUCAUCUCCAAGGUGGGUGAGGACUGGGUUUUCCUCAUACUGCUGGGACUGGUCAUGGCUCUGGUCAGCUGGGCCAUGGAUUUCGCCAUCGCCACGUGCCUCCAAGCUCAGAAGUGGAUGUACGGGGGCCUGGACACCAACGUGCUGCUGCAGUACAUGGCCUGGGUCACCUACCCCACCGUGCUCAUCACCUUCUCAGCUGGCUUCACCCAGAUCCUUGCACCCCAGGCUGUGGGCUCAGGGAUCCCUGAGAUGAAGACCAUCCUGCGGGGCGUCGUGCUGAAGGAGUACCUCACCCUCAAGACCUUUGUGGCCAAGGUGAUCGGACUGACAUGUGCCCUGGGCAGCGGCAUGCCCCUGGGCAAGGAGGGUCCCUUUGUCCACAUCGCCAGCAUGUGCGCAGCCCUGCUCAGCCGUUUCCUCUCCCUCUUUGGGGGCUUCUACGAGAAUGAGGCAAGAAACAUUGAAAUGCUGGCAGCUGCCUGCGCUGUCGGUGUUGGCUGCUGCUUCGCCGCCCCCAUCGGAGGCGUUCUCUUCAGCAUUGAGGUCACCUCCACCUUCUUUGCCGUCCGCAACUACUGGCGCGGCUUCUUUGCUGCCACCUUCAGCGCCUUCAUCUUCCGUGUCCUUGCUGUCUGGAACAAGGAUGAAGAGACAAUCACGGCACUGUUCAAAACCCGCUUCCGCCUCGACUUCCCCUUCGACCUGCAGGAGCUGCCUGCCUUUGCCGUCAUCGGGAUCGCCAGCGGUUUCGGGGGCGCGCUCUUCGUUUUCCUCAACCGCAAGAUUGUGCAGUUCAUGCGCCGCCAGAAGACCAUCAACCGCUUCCUCAUGAAGAAGCGCCUGCUCUUCCCUGCCCUGGUGACGUUGAUCAUCUCCACGCUGACCUUCCCGCCUGGCUUUGGACAGUUCAUGGCUGGCCAGCUCACCCAGAAGGACACCCUGGUGACCCUCUUUGACAACCAGACGUGGGCCAAGCAGGGGAUCAAUGAUGAGUAUGAAUACUUGGGCAUCCUGGAGGCCUGGCGCCAUCCCCGCUCCAACGUCUUCGUCACACUUGUUGUCUUCAUCGUCAUGAAGUUCUGGAUGUCAGCCUUGGCAACUACCAUCCCAGUGCCCUGUGGAGCCUUCAUGCCUGUCUUCGUCAUUGGGGCAGCCUUUGGGCGCCUGGUGGGGGAGAGCAUGGCAGCCUGGUUCCCUGAUGGCAUCCACACGGACAGCAACAUAUACCGCAUCGUGCCGGGGGGCUACGCCGUGGUGGGGGCGGCUGCACUGUCAGGUGCUGUCACCCACACGGUGUCCACGGCCGUCAUCGUCUUUGAGCUGACGGGGCAGAUCUCACACAUCCUGCCUGUCAUGAUCGCUGUUAUUCUGGCCAAUGCCGUCGCCCAGAGCCUCCAGCCCUCCCUCUAUGACAGCAUCAUCCGCAUCAAGAAGCUUCCCUACCUCCCUGAGCUGGGCUGGGGCCACCACGAGAAAUACAACGUGCGGGUGGAGGACAUCAUGGUGCGGGAUAUCCGCUAUGUCACCCUCAACUGCAAGUACCGGGACCUGCAGCAGGUCCUGCACAGCACCAAGAUGAAGAACCUGCCUCUGGUGGAGUCAGCUGAGUCCAUGAUCCUGCUGGGCUCCAUUGAGAGGACGCAGGUGGGGGCUCUGCUCAGCAGCCAGCUCAGUCCCCAGCGCCGGCUCAUGACACUGAGACAUAAGGUGCUGUCCGAGGAUGGGCACCGGCUCUCUGAUUCCAGCAUCCGCUUCCAGAUCAGCACAGAGACUUCCUCGGGCACCCCUGCCCGCCCCGCACUCCGCAAGCCCCUGAAGCCGGCGCUGAAGCGGGUGCCCAGCAGCCCACCUGACAGCCCCCCAGCUGGCAGCACUGACCACACUGGCAUCGCCCUCAAGAGCCUCUUCUGUGCCAAUGCUGCCACAGAGCCCACCGAGGAGGAGAUGAUUCUGGGAGACAAGAUGACCCCAGCAGAGAUCCUGGAGUGGGAAGAACAGCAGCUGGACCAGGUGGUGGACUUCAGCAGUGCCAAGAUUGACCCCGCACCCUUCCAGCUGGUGGAGCACACCUCGCUGCACAAGACCCACACCAUAUUUUCUCUGCUGGGCCUGGACCACGCAUUUGUCACCAGCAUUGGGCGGCUGGUGGGCAUGGUGUCCCUGAAGGAGCUGCGCAAGGCCAUCGAGGGCUCACUGACGGGCAAGGGGGUGAAGGUGCGCCCGCCGCUCGCCAGCUUCCGCGACAGCACCGCCAGCACCACCGAGGCCGACACCACCGCCCUGCGCCAGCUCUGGGACCGCCACCAGCACCACCACAUGCCCCGCGAGGCCAGUCCUGGGGGCGAUGAUGAUGACGACACCCCCAAGGGCGAGUGAGACCCUUGGGAUCCACCCCCUGUGUCCCUGGAAGCCACAAGGGCUCCCUGGCAGGUGCCCGGGGAUGCCCACCCUGAGCCUACUGAUGCCAGGCUUAGCACAGGUGUGGGCACCCUCAAUCCAGUGCCUGGGUUCCCUCCCUGGGCUGGGGACCAGCCAAAUACCCCCCAGCCAGCAUGUGCUCCCCAACUACCUGCCAGCUCUUGGGGCUUCCCACUUUGCUACCUCUGUACCCCCCCGGCCCCUGGUGCGCCCCGGAAUGGCCACGGCCCUCACGCUUUCCAUGAGGACCACAAUGUCCCUUCUCAGGGUGGCACAGGGCGGAGAGGGGCAUCAGGUUGGGGUGUCCACAGGGGCAUGGAUGGGCAUUGACCCCUGUGCUCAGCACCUCAUGGCUGGGAACACGGGGUGCUGCUGCCUCUCUGCCAUGCACCUCUCCCCAUGUAAAUACAGAGAUUUUUAUAUUAAUUUAAUAAAAGAACUUUAUAAACAGA